AAUCCGCAAUUGGCAAUGGUUGAGGCCGUGUGUAUCACGUGGUUCACUCUAGAGUACAUACUUAGGUUUAGCGCCUCGCCGGACAAGUGGAAGUUCUUUAAGGGCGGCCUUAACAUAAUCGACCUAUUGGCAAUACUCCCAUAUUUUGUUUCGUUAUUUCUAUUGGAAACGAAUAAGAAUGCAACGGACCAGUUCCAGGAUGUGCGCCGGGUGGUGCAAGUAUUUCGCAUUAUGCGCAUCCUGCGAAUCCUUAAGCUGGCCCGUCACUCAACGGGCCUGCAGUCGUUAGGCUUUACGCUGCGUAACUCAUAUAAGGAACUCGGUCUACUAAUGCUGUUCCUGGCCAUGGGCGUUCUCAUAUUUUCUUCGCUGGCAUAUUUUGCCGAAAAGGAUGAAAAGGACACAAAAUUCGUUUCAAUACCGGAAACAUUUUGGUGGGCGGGUAUUACAAUGACAACUGUUGGCUACGGGGACAUCUAUCCCACAACUGCACUGGGAAAGGUUAUUGGUACUGUGUGUUGCAUAUGCGGUGUUCUGGUAAUCGCUUUGCCUAUUCCCAUCAUCGUUAACAAUUUUGCUGAAUUUUAUAAGAAUCAGAUGCGACGCGAAAAGGCCCUCAAGCGGCGCGAGGCCCUCGAUCGGGCCAAGCGCGAGGGCAGCAUUGUCUCCUUUCAUCAUAUCAAUCUGAAAGAUGCCUUCGCCAAGUCCAUGGAUCUCAUCGAUGUGAUUGUCGACACAGGCAAGCAAACGAAUGUCGUGCAUCCGAAGGGCAAACGACAGAGCACCCCCAAUAUAGGCAGGCAGACACUCGACGUGCAGAGCGCUCCAGGCCACAAUCUCUCGCAGACGGACGGCAACAGCACCGAGGGCGAGUCGACCAGCGUCAGCCGCAACCCGGCCACCACCGGCACCGGCUGCUACAAGAACUACGAGCACGUGGCCAACAACAUGAGAAACAGUCUGCAGCAUCGUCGCGGUUCCAGCUCUGAGCAGGACGCUGUGCCGCCGUACAGCUUCGACAAUCCCAAUGCCCGGCAGACCUCGAUGAUGGCCAUGGAGAGCUACCGGAGGGAGCAGCAGGCGCUGCUGCAGCAGCAGCAGACGCCCCCGCAGCUGCCUGCCCCAGCGGGCGCCACAGCCGGCGGAGUGGCCAAUAAUCUGGCCAUGGUGGCGGCCUCGAGUGCAGCAACGGCGGUGGCCACGGCCACGGCCCCCGGCGGCGGCAGCCCACCGGAGGGCGGGGCCCAGGCGGCGGCGGCGGAGGACGACCAGACCAUUGCAUCGAACCAGAAGGGUCUGCCCAUCCAGAUGAUGAUAACGCCCGGGGAAGUCGCCGAACUGCGGCGCCAGGUGGCGCUCGAGAAUCUGCAGAACCAGCGGAUGGACAACCUGGAGCAGGACGUGCCCGUGGAGUUUGAGUGCUGUUUCUGCACCACCAAGGACUUCAAGGAGUACACCGACGCGGAGGGGGUGAUCGCGCUUCCGACCUCGGACUUCCACAAGCCGAUCUGCCUGGAGAUGCGUCUGGCGGCGGCCAAUCGGCAGGCCAGCCAGUUCGGCCUGCUGGCCGGCCCCCCCCUGGGGGGCGCCUACCAGCGCCACCAGGCGGUGGGCGUGGGCCCGCUGAUGGCGCUGCCGCCGCCGCCGCCCGCCGCCGGCAUCCUGCUGCCCGUGGCCAGUGCCGUGCCCGUCAUUUCGCAGUCCUCGUCCACGUCCUCGUCGUACGGGACGACCACGUCGACGACCAUCGCCCUGCCGCUGGACGCCGCGAUGCGGCCCUUCGGGGCGGCCUUCUCCAGCGCCGCCAACUUCAAUCACAACUACAACAACAACUUCAACACCACCAGCACGGGCGGGAUGGGCGCCAACGGUCUGCUCCUCUUUGGGGGCAACUUCAGCAGCCACUACGGGGCAGGCGGCAGCGGCGGCAGCGGCAGCGGCAGCGGCAGCAGCAACAACAACAACAACAACAACAACGCGGAUCUGGCCAGCGUCGACAGCUCCGACACGUACGCCAGCUGCCAGACGCAUCCGUUCCUGUCGCAGGGCGACCUCACGGCGGACUUCAACGACGAGGCCUGCGCCCUGGACAUCGACAUGGACAAUCUGUACAUAAACCCGCUGGAGCGGGAGAUGCACCACCACCAGCAGCAGCACCACCCCCACCACCACCAUCCGCAGGGCAUCAGCAGCUCGACGGGCUUCAUUGUGGGCCUGCCGGCCACCAUUUCCUCCUCCUCGUCCGCCACGGGGCUGCGGGCCCAGGUGAAGAAGAGCGCCUCGGGGGACACGGCGCUGCGCAAUCUGGCCGCCGGCGGGGGCGGUCUCAGUCCCCUGAGUCCCCUGGACGACGUCUACCAGAACUUCGACGUCCAGGAGCGCGGCAGCCGCGUCAGCCUCAACGAGAACUCGGUGCCGAAGCACCGCAAGACGCGUUUCCAGCAGAGCUUCGCCGCGAUGCGGCCCAGUCCGAGUGGCGGGCGACCGCGGGCCCGCUUCGAGGACACCCGGCUGGACGACGACGACCCGGCGGGCGGACUGGGAGUGGGUUUGGGCAUGGGUAUGGGACUGGGCAGCGGCCCGGGGGCCGGCGGGGGCCCCAAGAAGAAGCGUUCGGUGUUCACGCCGGGCAAGAGCUUAGCCACUGCCACCAAACUGAUCAAUCAGCAUUUGUUUGGCAUACAGAAUGCGGGCUCCAAAGCCAAGUUCGAGAGCAAGCAUUCGUCAUCCAUUGACUCGAUCGAUGCGUCACCCAAUCUGGAGCAUCACAGGCGCUCCAAAUCGAUACUGAAAAACAAGUCUGAUAUCUCACGCGUCCUGUCCGAUCCGGAGAGCGAGCGGCUCCUGGCGGACAACAUGUCCGGGUCGGGGGUCUCCGACAACGGCACGGUUAUGGGCGAAUCUGGCAGCGAUUACUCACCGAAUAAAUUACCUCAUUCAGUUUUAGCCAAGUCUAUAUCCCCACCACCCCUCAGGCACCGCACACUAAUGCACCAGCGGUCGGGGCCGGCCACGCUGCAGUCGUCGUCGCGGCCCACCAAGUUCCAGACGCCGCGCUACCCCGAGGAGCAGGCCCUGCGCCAGGUGAAGCCGCUGCUGUCGCGCUCGACCAGCGCCGCGCAGCCGGCCACCACGUCGGGCUGUCCGGACGGACACCACACCAGGGACAGCAGUCUGGACUCGGAGACGACCUUCACCUCGCCAGUGAGCAGUCGAGCGGGGGGCGAGGAGGCUGCCCCCCCAGAGGAUCGCGAGCCAGAGGCCGAGGCCGAGGGCGAGGGCGAGGCAGAGGCCAAUGAUGAGCAAAGGGCUUUGCUCCAGCGCAGAGAUGGCCCAGACGCCAGCGGAGGCGAUGCCCAUGGAAGGGGCGAGCCCACGUAGCAAUAAGCGCCACACACACACACCCAAACACACACACACACACACACACACACACAAAGAUACAAAAGAACAUAAAGGGAAAACUCAAAGUGAUAGCAAAGUUAGCAAACAUGGAAUGUGAAUUAUAUAAAAAGCAAUGAACAGUAUCCUAGAGUCUAGUGAGAGAAUGGAGAAUGGAGACCCAGAGAGACGGCCCGACACGCGGAGUUUAGGAAUUAGGCAUACAAUUACGGCAUUAAAUAAUAUAUAUAUAUAUAUAUAUAUGGUAAUACUACCGAUAAAGCGCUUAACGAAUUGAAUGUAUAUAAAAGCAGAGCCAGAGCCAGAGCCCAAUCCAGAGCCAGAGCCCGUGCCCAAUCGUGUACAGAGAGCAAACCUUAUUUACAGCCUUCAAGAGCCACUGCGCUAUGACCUAUAACCCGGCGAGGCAGAGAGUAUAUAGAGAAAUCACCACAAAAGCCUAAAUAGCAACAAAAACAAAACCGAAAUUCAUAUUUUGAAUGCAACUUAUAAGAAAUAUACAUACAAUAUAUAUAUAUAUAUAUAUAUAUAGAGCAAAUUCGCAUAUUUACAUGGUAUAUACGUAUACGUAUAUGUAUAUCUAUAUGUAUUUUUCAAAAUCAAGCGCCAAGCAGCCCAGAGAAGGGCGACACCCCAUAGAGUAGAUCGCGCCUAGCCGUAUAUGUAUCUGUAUCUGUAUCUCUAUCUGUAUCUGUAUCUGUAUG